AUGAAGGUAAUCGCGCUUGCGGCUGCGUGGGUGGCAGCGUGCGCGCAGCUCGCGCACGCCGAGAUCGUCAUCGACCGCAUGUGGAGUACGACGUACGACUACUCCAAGGUGCAGGAACUCAGCGAUCCCCAAAUCAAGUUUGUCGACGGCCAAGCCCUGACAGCCUCUGUCAACGUGACUGCCGCCGCGUCCGUCAAGUCGCAGCAGUACGAUGCGAUUGGCAUCCAGGUUCAGGAGAACCAGCUUGCGCAGCUCGUGGACACGUUUGGCGGCGGUGUGACGGACAGUGUGGCGAUCACGCUGCAGGACUUCAAGAGCAAGCAUCCCAAGGACUACGACGAUCUGCUCCACCUGCUCUUCUCGCAGGAUGCCGAGUGGCACGCCAAGGGCGGUGUGGGCCUCAACACGGUGCGUGUCCCCCUGGGCGCAUGCGACUUUGGCGCCGCACCGUACACGUACGACGACACCGAGGACGGCUCGGAAGACCCCAAGCUCGAGCUGUUCACCAUCAAAAAAGCACCCAAGCUGUGGCAGACGCUGCACGACAUUGUCGCCAUCCACCCGGGCCUCAAGAUCAUCUCUGCGCCCUGGAGUGCUCCCGGCUGGAUGAAGGACGGUGCGGACGAGACGCAGCCACUGUUCGGCGGCAACCUCAAGGAGGGCAUGGAGGAGGUGUAUGCCAACUACCUCGUCAAGGCGGUGAGCGAGAUCAAGCAGCAGGAGAAGCUGGAUAUCUAUGCGCUCUCGCUGCUCAACGAGCCGCAGAUUCAGAAGCUCGAGUACCCGACCAUGAAGAUGUCUGCGACGCAGGCCAUCACGGUCGGCAAGCUGGUGCGCACGGCGCUCAACAAGCAGGGCUUCGAAAAGGUCAAGCUGCUCACCUGGGACCACAACUGGGACAACACCGAGUAUGCGCUGCAGGUGCUCAAUGCCGAUCCUACCCCGUGGGACGGUACCGCAUGGCACGGCUAUGCCGGUCAGCCGAGCUCGCAGAAGGUCGUGCACGACGCCUACCCGGACAAGGAGACCUACUUUACCGAGUACACCGAGGUGACGCAAUACUUUAGCGAGCCGUACAAGAACAUGAAGAAUACGGCGCGCAAUCUGCUCAUUGGGUCGAUCCGCUACUACUCGCGCAGCGUGGUGCUGUGGAAUCUGGUGCUGCGCAAGGACGAGGAUGGCUUUACCACGCCCCACCUGCCCAACGUGUGCCAGAACUGCAAUGCCGCCGUGCUGCUGCUGCCGGACUCGACGGAUGCACUGGCUGCCGCCGAUCCCAACCACACCAAGACCGUCGCUGAAGCCGCUGGUGAUGCAAAGAAGGACAAGCGCCGUCGUAGGAGUCUCUGGCGUCGAGCUGAUGACGUCAAGCCCGACACCACCACGCAAGAGCUCAAGCCCCAGACUGGUUCUGCUGUUGCGGGCGGUGGAGAGAAGGCGGAAGCUAUUCAGGCCAAAGACGUCGUCGAUGCCAAAAAGACGGGCACCAACAGCGUUUACGAGACGUCGCUGUUCAAGCGUUCGUCGGACUUUUCUGUUCUCUCCCACCUUUCUACGGCGGUUCGACCUACGGGAGCGUCCAAGGAGUACUCGAAGCGCAUUGGCGUGAGCAGCACCGACGAGAUCACCGAGCUCGGUGGGCGACUGCUCGCCCAGGCCUUCCGUCAGGAUGGUGUCAAGCCGGGCGUGUCGCGAUUCUCGCUGGUGCUGCUCAACCAGAACGACCACUACGAGACGGAUGUGUGGGAAAAUGCCACGGCCGUCAUCGCCUUCCGUGGCCAGAUCGCUAAUGUCACCACGUUGCCCGGUCUCUACACGCUCUCGUGGGAGGCUCCUACCGUCGACACCUCGGCUGCGGCCAAGACCCCACUCCCCGCAAAGGCUGAUGGCGCAGCUGCAGAUGCAAAGCCCGCCUCCUAG